ACUUGCAAAUCGAGCGCUAGACUCUGUGGUAUUGCGUCGUGAUUGUGUUGUAAACAUCUGGUUUGAAGUUCAGAUAUGGUUUCUGUUAUUGAAAGCAACGCCAGCCCAGAUUCUGCAUUUACAGUUGUACGGAUGGAGCCAUCAGACAUUUUGAGUCUUGCUGGUCAGUUUGUUGUGCAAUAUUACACCGUCAUGAAAAAGUGCCCAUCUGGAAUUCAUCGUUUCUAUAAGGAUGAUUCUUCCAUGAUACGAGAGGAUACCCCAGUCUGUGGUCAAAGAAUGAUUCACGAGAAAAUAAUGAGUAUGAACCUUCAGGACUCACAAAUUGCCAUCCUGAAGUUAGACGCAUUACGUGCCAAUGGGAAUAGCGUAUUGAUCCACGUCGCUGGUGAAAUAAGUAUAGCCAAUGAAGAGUUUAGACGGUUCACUCAGUGCUUUAUCUUGAGGGAACAAGCCCCAUGUGACUUCUAUGUAUUAAAUGACAUAUUUCGAUAUCAAGAUUACGUUUAUGGUGAUUUGAAAAAUAAUGUAGAGACUAAUGAUGAUCACUUGGCAAAGGUAAAUGAAUAUAGUCCAUCUGAGAAUGUAUCACAUUGUUCGAUGCCCCAUUCAGCAAGAGACGAUCAUACUCAUAGUUGGGAGGGUGUAUCUGAAGGUAACUACAAACAGACCAUCGAUGAGAUUCAGACAUGCAAUUCGGAGGUUAAACAAGACCAGUUAACUGUGGAUCACACAGUACCACGUUCUUCUGCCUCACCAUCUAUUCAGCAGGAACUUGUAAACCAACCUCAUAACAUCAGUUCUCCAACAAAUACAGCUGUUCAGUCUGGGCCUCCAAGUUGGGCACAAAUGGCAUCUAGGCAACCUCAUCAAGGUGUUCCAAAUGCACAGGCACCUAAAGGUUUAAGGAAUAACGCCAACGUUUCGGAGUAUGAGACAUCGAACGAACGUCAUAGGGCGGGUUUGCGACCGACUGUAGAUGGUUCUCAAAGGGUUCGUAGUAUGGGGCCACGUCAGCAAGGUGAAUCACGGGGGAUUUCUGAAGUGAAUUACACACAAGACAACCGAGUUACUUCUCGAGGAAAUGCACCUAGAGGUUCAGGCUUUGGUGGGUCUUCUCGUGGUGGUGGCCGCGGUGGACGUGGUGGAUUGGGAAAUGGAUCUAUGGGUGGGAGAGGUUCUGGAGCAGUUAAUCCACGUAGAACAAGUUAAUACAAAUCAUAGAAUUAUCCUCUCACAUGGACGACACAAAUACUACAGAUACCUUCACACAUUGGUUUACCAUAUAUACUUGUCACAGCCCUCAAUAUCUGUUCUCAAAUACACUUAGGAACCAAACAGUCUGAUGACUUACAAUUUGCCUGCUUUCCGGUUUUGAAUUUUUUAGUUCAUUUGCCUUCGUGUUUUUCAAUAUGGUUAUUCUCUCACAGGUUCUCGUUAAUACAUGAGAUUGUAAAGUA